AAUGUCCGGCAUGGCUCGCGUGGCGCCAAUUUGACCAAGUAUGAAACUUCUUAUUUUUGUUAGUUGAAAAUUUUGUUUCGAGUGAACAAACUUCAGUCUAUCUGGAGGUGCCGAUUUGUAAACCUGGCUGCACAUAGGAACAGUGGUUGCUGCAGUCAUGGUUCGACUAAAGAACAGGUAUUUUGUGGUGGAGCUGAUCCCUGCGAGCGAGGCAAGCCCUCUCAGGCAAGAAAUCAAGGAGGACGCCAUCUACCAGGCAGUUUUAGAAGCUGUGUCUCAGAUCCAUGGCGACUAUGGCGUUGCUGCUGUGAAGACGAGGCUAAUAGUCAAGUACUGUAAUGCUGUGACGCGCGUCGUGCUGCUGCGCGUCUCGCACGACGCGCACCGCCAGCUGGCGUCUGCGCUGCCGUUCGUGACGUCGCUGGGCGGCCAGCCGGUGACACCGCGCACUAUCUACGUGGGCGCCACCAUCAUGCACUGCUUCCGGUUCCUUAAGAGGCACCAGGAGAGCUGCCUGGAGCGGAUGUGGCAGUCGCUGGGACCGCACCAGCGCGACCAGAUGAAGCGGGCCAUCAUGACGUUGAAGAUGCCGAACAUAGCCGAGGCACGCAGCUUACCCGGCGCUUAGAGGGACGCGGCGCGGCUGCGGCGUCCGCUGUCUGCGUAUGCGCAGCGCGCGCGCGGGAACCGUGCGCUGUGUGCGGGGUGACUGUGUGGGGUGUGAUGGUGUUGAUCGUUUGUGGUUGUGGAUGCCGGCACGGUCUUUCUCUCGCGCUCAUCUGUCAGUUGAAGCAGACCGACGUUCAGCGUUCUGCGUGGUACGAAUCGUGUGUGUCAUAUACAUCAUGUAAAAAUCACGUAUCAUGUGUUAAAGCGUGGACUGUGAUACAUUUUCCAAACUGA